AUGGGGUUUCGGCCUCCCACUGGGCCUUUCCCUACUGAAGCGCAGAGACGACAUAUACGACGCUUGACUAUGCAUUUUGCUGAUAGAUGUCUCGAUAUCUGUCUCUCGCUAGAUUGCCUCAAUGAUCUACAGCUCAUAUUGCAAUAUGAAAACUUCAUCCUUCAUUCUCUGGUUGACGGAGAUCAAAGUUACGAGUCAUGGAGGAAGUUGGGCGACCUUUCCAGUUCACUGUUUGCUCUCGGAUAUCACCAACAGCUCGAAAGCAAUGGUCCAAUACCACCAUUUCUCAAACGUCUACGACAGGCCGUAUUUGCAUCGUCCUACUCUACGGAUAAAAAUGUCUCGAUAUUCCUCGGCAGACCGCCGCGAAUAUCGAGAAAGUUUUGUCACUUUCGCCAGCUUAGCCUUGAUAGUUACUAUUCUUCCGAAUGGUCGCCCGAUGCCAAGCUUGAUCUAUUCGCCGACGCGCGGUGGGCGGCUCUUUGCGCUAUCCUUAAGGAAGAGAUCAUAGUAGAGCUCUUUGGUGAAGAGACUCUCAAUACCAGGAUUGAGAAAGCACGGAAUAUUCGAAAUAGUGCGGAACUACAAUGGUCGUCAUUGCCGCAGCACUUUCGACUCGAAAUGCCCAUGAAGUCCUAUGAUCGGUCAGCAGUGGAGCUAGACCUUAUGCUUGGGAUAAGGCUCAAUCACCUGCACGUACUGUUUCUUCUACAUUUAGCACUGGUCCAACGAGUCUCGGAGCCCGAUGCGCAACUCUACAAUGUGUCAGUGGAAAUGCUAGGUCUGGUAAUUGAGGGGGUCUUGUUCAAAGACCAUAUCGUGCACUCUGGAACCUCCCUCACCUGGAAGGUAGUAUACUACGGCCUCGCAGCAGCAGGCGUGAUUUGCCUAUCCCUCCUGCAAAGAAAGGCCUCAGAGCAUGAAAUGGCUGCUACUCCCAAGAUAUUCCGAGACCUUGGAGUGCUAGUAGCAGAGAUUGAAUAUGGGACUUUUGUCUACAAGGAAGAUGCUAAUUACGCACUACUGGCGUCAGCUACAGCGACCAUGAAGAACAUUCUGGAUAAUUUAUCGAGGUCGAGACUUGACCAGCGGGACUUGAGCGGGCAGUUAUCUGAGACUAUGGUCCAGCCUGGUCCUGAGCUUGAUGAUUCGAACUGGGAACCAUGGGGGACGGGGAGUCUACAGGACUUUGAGACUAACUUUUGGCUUAUGCUGUCAGAACAUCCUUUGACGUUUAAUCCAUAG